AAGCUAGUAGAAAAUCUAGAAUUUUAUAAAAAAGUUAAGUAUAGAAAUAUAAAAUAUUACUUUACUAGAGAUACUAUAAUAAAUAAACAAGUAUAUCUAUAUUAUAUAAAUACAAAAGUUAAUAUAGUAGAUAUUUUAACUAAACCUUUAGGAAAGGCUUUAUUUAAUAAUAUA